CAGUGGUACAAUUUCUGCUCUUUUCAUCUCUACUCCAGCACAUUGGAUUGAAAUGAAAUCUUGAAUAUGAGGUUAAAGUGCAGACUAUCACCUUUAAUUCGGGCAACUUUUGCCAUUGUAAUUUCUGUUAAAUUCACCUUUUCCAUUUUAGCAAAUUGUGAAGAUUUAUGUGGAAUGGAAUCCCAUUUGACUCAUGAAAUGGAACUAAGCAAGAAAUAUGAAGAAAUUUUGAAGAAGAGGACCUCUUUACUUCAAGAGAUGGAGAGUCUAAACGAGAAGCAUAAAAAUAAGAAAAAGCAACAAGCCAUGGAUUCCGAGGCUGCGGUUAAAAGAAAUGCUGAACUUCUUCAUGACUUGCAGAAAAUUGAAAAUCACUUGAAAACAAGAUCUCUCCCUCACCCUGAAAUUGUCAGUCUGGAGACCCGUUACUGGGCCUCUGUGGAGGAGAAGAUUCCGGAAUGGGAGCCAUUCUUGCUGGGGAGGGGGCCCACUCCAGUGCGAGAUGGGGACAAAUCACAUAGGAAGACAAGGAGGAAGAAAGGAUCAUCUCAGGACAGCCCCCCCACACACACUGUGACCAGUUUGCCUCCUCGCUCCAACCCAAAAACUGGAACAUGAUCAUUUUUGCUGUUUCCUGAUUUAAAACGCGUAUCAUUUGUACCUGUUUGCGAUAGGUGGGUUGUGGCCACGUAAUGGACUGUGGAAACCAUGUGACCCAGGAAGGUGAUGCAACUUAUAGAGAAACAUUCUGUGUUUAGACCCGGGUUCCCACGCAAUUAUGGUUUACAUUUUCGAUGAUAUUCCAGGAUAAUUUCCAGUUUUAUCAGAGAGUAACAAAUUAUAAAAAUAUUUAUGAAAUAUUUUCUCUUUCACAAGGUAGCUUCCUUGUUUUUUCUGUAUGUCUGUAUGUGGUGCGUUGCUUUUGUACUGUACUGGACUGACCCUUGGCCUGCUUAUCCUGCUUAUCCAUUCCAAAAUAAUUGUUGGUUAUAUGUUUUUAAAUAGCAAGUAGCAUAUCUAAUCUAAUUCAAUAUCACAAAUACCUUCUAAUUCACUGAAUUUACUAACAUCAAGAUUCAGAAAGAACACCACAAGUAACUGUUUUGGAAUAUCUAUCUUGAUAACAUCCUGGGAUCUUAAAAAGUAUGUGGUGCUUUCACUUUAAGAAAUGCAUGUUGAUUACAGUUAUCUUUAUCUGAAAUUGUAUGAUCAAAGUUUACAAUUCCAACAAUAAGGGCAAAGAACUGCAAGUCAUUUAUUGCUAACAAAAAGGCAGAUUUAUGAAAAUAACUCCAAAAGAAAUAUUACAAGUGAAAGUGACUUUUAAAAGCUAGAAGAAGAAACAGUAUGCAAUAUGUGAAAAGUCCAGUGUGGACUUAAUGGGGUUGUAACUGUAAAUACAGACUCCCAGAACACAGGCCCCAAUGCACCACCUAUAUCUCUGCCACUGGGUAUGAUUGGAAAAAUAAAUCUGGUUUCAUCCAGGAUCAGAAGUACAUAUAAUCCCUACGAAAUAAAUGAUUUUUGAUUUUUUAAA